AUGAAAAUUGAUAAAAGAGGCACAGUUAGGGAACCUUGUCUACAUAUUAUUGCUAAGUUAUCUUCUUCUUUACUUUAUAAUAAUAGUUAUUUAAAUGAUAAUAAUACUAAUAAAGCUAGAAAACUUUUGUUUUAUGUUCCUACAUUAUCUUUUAGUCAUGUUGCAUUUAAUCAGAAAAUUGCAAAAUUACUAGCUGAUAAUGGCUUAGAUGUUACAAUACUUCUUCCAGAUAUUGACCCAUUUGUUAAGGUAGAUUUUUUAAAUUCUACAACACGUAGAAGAAUAAACAUUGGUCUGAAUAAUGGAAUGCUUCCAAAUACAUUGUGGAAAAAUCCAGGUCCAUUUGAAGAUAGUUCUUUGUUAAAUCCAAAAAUAUUAUACAAAUUAAUUAAAGCUUCAUCAAUUUUAACUUAUGGUUGUUAUAAUUUAAUAAAUAAUAAAAAAUUAAUUCAAUCAUUAGCUAAUGAAAAAUUUGAAGUUGGUUUUGUGGAACAAUAUGAUUCAUGUGGAUUAGGUUUAUUUAAAGCUUUGGGAAUAAAAAAUAUUCAUUGGUUAUCAGCAACAAAUAUAUAUAGAUUACAACCUGAAACAGUAGGAGUAAAUUAUCCAUUAAGUUAUGUAUCUGAACUUUUUUCACCUUUUGGUGAUAUUAUGAAUUUUUCUGAAAGAAUUAUUAACUUAUUAACAGCUAUUGUAACAGAAAGUGUACAUACUUAUUUUUCAAAAACAAAAAUAACUGAUAUAUUUAAGUUAGAAUAUCCUCAAAGUAUGCAUCAAAUAGACAAUGUAUGGAAUAUUGGUCAAAGUUCACAAAGUAUUAUUGCAAAUAAUUUACCAAUACUUGAUUUCUCUACUCCUACAUCAAAUAUGAUACAUAAUGUUGCAGGGAUAACAGUUGAAAAACCAACGUCUGAAUUAGGUGAAAACUUUCAAAAAAUUGCAAAUUUCAAACCCUUCUUCUUUCUGGUGACAUUUGGUUCAAUAGCCAAAACUUCAGAUAUGCCUUUACUAAUGAAAAAUUCUCUUUUUAAAGCUUUUAAAAAAUUUUCUAAUAUAACAUUUAUAGUAAAAUAUGAAGAUCAAAAAAAAGAAAUAGUAAGAUAUUCUAAUAAUGUUUUUCUAGUAAAAUGGUUACCACAAGUUGCUUUAAUGGAACACAAAAAUUAUAAAGGUAUUAUAACACAUGGUGGUUGGAGUAGUAUGAUUGAAACAUUGAUAAAUGGAAAACCAAUGAUUUUAAUGCCUUUAUUUGCUGAUCAUGGUAAAAAUUCUAAGAUAAUUGAACAAAAAAAACUUGGUAUUUUGGUUGAUAAAAUGAAUAUAAAUUCUAAUACAUUUUCAAAUUCUUUAACAGAAUUAAUUGAAAAUCCCAAAUAUGAGUUUAAUUGUAAAAGAUUUAAUAUUUAUAAUAUUUACAUUUAUAUAUCUUUGUACAAAUUGAAUAAACAAAUUUAUUGGUUAAAAAAUAUGCAUUAA